AUGUUGUCCCUCCUCGCCAGCAGCGCCUCUGGCUACCUGCCAGCCUCGCUCAGCCGCCGCCGGCUGUGUAGUGCGCCUCCGCCGCAGCCUGUCAGCGUGCCGGUGCGGCUGCUCGGCGGGGAGGAGGCCGUGGUGGGCGCCAGCGUGGACACAACGCUGCAGCAGCUGCAGCAGGAGUGCCAGCAAGCGGCAGGCGUGCAGCCCUACCUGCAGCGCAUCUGCAUCCAGGAGGAGCCUCGGGAGCCGGGCCUGUCGGGCCUGCUGCGCUCCACAGCCACCAACCUGAGCAGCCGGCAACGCAUGGCCCGCCAGCUCACCGACUGGUCCUCCUUCUUUCUUCUGCCAGAGGGCGUGAGCCGGGAGCUGCGGGGCCAGGGCCUGGUCAGCUGGGCGAACGACAACGUGUGGCAGCAGCUGAACGACCGCCGGCCGCCGCCGGGGACGGUGCGGGUGCUAGUUGCAACCCUGGACGGCAGGCGGCGCUGCAUCCUGGUGCACAGCAGCAGCAGCAUCGCAGCGCUUCGGCUCGAAGUGCAGCAGCGAGCGGCGAUACCAGCAGACCAGCAGCGGCUGGUGGUGCUGGAGCAGCAGGCCCUCGGCGCACCGCAAAGGGUGCUGUGGGCGCUGCUGCGCCUGCUGCUGGCGGUGCUGCUGUGGGCGGGCAGCUGGCUGGUGGCGGGUGGGCGCUGGGCGCUGGGGCUGCCACCCUCCAGCGACGUGCACCUCCAGCUCGUGACGGAGAGCGGCCGUGAGGUACAGCUGGCGGUCAGCCCUGACACCACGCUGCAGCAGCUGCAGCGCCUGGUGUGGGAGCAGCACGGCGAGUCGCUCAGCCUGCAGCAGCUGCUGUCGGUGAGCCCCAGCAAAGCGGGCAGCAACAGCCCAGAAAAGCGCGGCGGCGGCGGCGGCGGCGGCCUGCGCCCGCACAGCCCUGAGCGAUGA